AUGGAUGAGCACGGAUAUUGUCUGGUGUUUGGAGAAGGGAUGUGCAGGGUAUUUGAUAGUCCAUCCAUGGAUUAUCUCAUCAUCAAGUUACUGAUGAAGACUAGUUUCACUCAAUCCACAUGGAUUUGGCAUAAGAGACUUGGUCAUCUGCAUUUUGGAGGUUUGAAACAUUUAAGGGAUAAAGAAAUGGUACAUGGUUUACCAACAUUGGAAGAACAAAGUGGUGUGAAGGGUGUCAAUUUGGAAAACAACACAAGAAUGUUUUUCCAAAAGAACAAGCUCAAAGAGCAAGCAAAGCACUCGAAUGAUUUCACAAGAAUGAUUUGGGUAUACUUCUUAAGAAACAAAUCAGAAGCUUUCAGCUGUUUCAAGAAGUUCAAGUCUAUGACUGAAUUACAAACUGGACACCAAAUUUGUGAAGCUCACGGCAUUCAAAGGCAGCUUACAAUGGCCUAUACUCCUCAGCAAAAUGGAGUGGUAGAGAGAAAGAAUAGGACUGUCAUUGAGAUGGCAAAAUCAAUGUUACAUGAUAAGGGAAUGCCUUAUUUCCUAUGGGCAGAAACAGUGCAUACAGCUGUUUAUUUGCUGAACAGAUGUCCUACCAAAGCUCUCCAUAACAUUACCCCAUUUGAAUCAUAUAGUGGAAGGAAGCCUGGAAUUGCACAUCUGAAAGUUUUCGGUUCUCUGUGUUAUGUUCAUGUACCAGCUGAAUUGAGGCACAAGCUGGAUCCUAAGAGUACAAAGGGAGUGUUUGUGGGAUAUGCCACUUGUGAAAAAGGCUAUAGAGUUUUUGAUCCAGUUUCUAACAAGCUUAUAUUGUCAAGGGAUGUGACAUUUGAUGAAGAAGGUGCUUGGCAUUGGACAGAUAACAAUGAUUCAGUUAUGACACCAUACACAAUUGAAAAUCAAGGGAGAACAUCAUCAACUCCAAGUGAUAUAAGCAGUGAAGAAAAGAGAACUCAAGCUUAUGAUCACACUCCUUUAAAAUGGAGAAAGCUAGAUGAUGUUCUUGCUCAGUGUAACUUGUGCAUCAUGGAACCAAAAAAAUAUGCUGAUGCUGCUCAAGAUGAAUCUUGGCUUAAAGCUAAAAGAAUGGAACAUGGGAAUUGGUGGAUAGACCAACUGAAAAACCAGUGA